AUGGCUGUUAAUGGAGUAGAUCCGAAUGUAUACCCGAUCCUGAUUCGAGAAGUAUGGGCUGAUAAACUCAAAGAAGCAUUCCAAGAAAUUUCUAAUUCAAUUGAUCGAUUCCCCUGUAUAUCCAUGGAUACAGAGUAUCCCGGCAGAAUCCACCAUUCCCCGGUACCCUUUUUGCUGCAGUCUCCGGCACAGAAGUAUAAUGUGUUGAAAUCGAAUGUUGAUGAAUUGAAACUGAUUCAAGUUGGGAUUACCCUUUCUGAUGCUAAUGGGAACUUGCCGGAAUUGGUAAUUGAAGGGGAACGGUUUCGUGUCGUAUGGCAGUUCAACUUCUCCGAUUUCGACUCGACGCGUGAUCGCUAUGUAGAGGCCUCAAUCCAGCUCCUUGUAGACAGUGGAAUUGACUUAGAAGAGAAUCUACGAUUGGGGAUUAGAUCAAUUGAUUUCGGUGAAUUGUUGAUGUCGUCGGGGCUUGUAUGCAAUGAUUCAGUGAGUUGGGUAACAUUUCAAGGCGAGUUUGAUAUUGCAUUCUUGUUGAAGAUUCUCAGGGGGCGGAAUCUUCCAGAUAGUUUAGAUGAGUUUUUCAAAUUCGUUAAGAUGUUUUUCGGAGAUAAAUUAUAUGAUGUGAAGCGUUUGACGUGGCAUUUUCCUCAUGUUCACGGUGGUUUAGACGAGGUGGCGGGACAAUUUGACUUGGUCCGGGUGGCUGGGAUGCAACAUCAGGCCGGUUCAGAUAGUUUGUUAACAUGUCACGUCUUUUAUAGGAUAAGAAAUGAUUUUUUUGUAAAUGGUGUGCCAGAUGCCGGCGUUUUAAAUGGAUUAACUUGA